GGCAUUUACUCCAUUAGGGUAUCACUCACACGGUGUUGCCUUGGAACACACCAGGGGUCAAUCAUAGGCGUAGGGUAGUCAUAAGAAGGAUCUCCCCUAUGUGUCCUCCCUCGGAGGCUUCUAGCAAUUCGACAUCGAAUCAACCUAUCAUUCUAGUACGCAGCACACGAAACAGUACUGCAAGACAAUGAGUCUUGGCUUUGAUGACGAGCUCUGGUUGAGCGACCAGACUGAAGAGGACGAAUGCGGGCUUACAGAUCCACGGUCAUUUUCCUUGGAGUUGACAUACCAAGGUCCUGCUGGUGACUUCCGGACUCGCAACAGACCAGGCCAGCUACAGAGACCCAUGGUGUCCAAUUUUGAGAUGGGGCGACGACGCAAGUCUGCCUACCAGGUCAGCUGUGAGGCAAAGGCUAUGAUCCAUGGCAGGUGGGGAGGGAGAGGCCAGGACGCGUGCGACUUGGCCACUCUGUUGGUGUAUGAGUUCCAGUUCCAUUCCUACCGUGGAUGCCGACUCAAGGCAGCCGACAUUCGCUUCCGAUUCGAGCCGAUACCAGGUCAAUCAAAUGAACUGUCUGUCGCUGAGAUUCAGCCAAAUAGUGUAUUUAAAGUUGCACGCACCGAGCAAUCCGAGCAAUCCACAACCGGCCUUGAGCUUACGCUUGGGUCCCAGCCACUGGCAGGAGCUGUGAACACUUCAAUCGCUAUCACCAAUUCGAACAAUGUGGAGAAGGUUACAGUUCAUCACACGGUUGUCACUGGCGACCGACCUGCAGAUAUCUACGGCAGUCAGCAUGAGGCACAUUUUUCGCUGUCAGAGAACGUAUCACAUUCUUGGUGAUGUCAGUGAUCAACAGGUCCAGCCGACAUUAGAAUGGCGCAAAGGCCCAAGUCUUCCUGUCAACUCACUGACCAUUAUUGGUCUAAUCGUUAGGAGAUUAGUACUGUUCCCAUGAGACUCCACAUACCACGCUAAUGAAACUACUCGGGUUGGAACCCAAGCAUAUACG